AUUUAGCCAGUGCUGCACGGCCUUUCUGUGUUUAGGGUGACUACAGAGCAGUUCGAGUAUGGUUAGUACAAGGAGUUGUAUGCAGUGAAUCUGCGAGGCCCAAUCCUACAGACAUGGAUCCUUUCCCUGAGGAUCCUUUUACAGAUGAUGGUCUUACAAUUAAAAGCACAGGCUUUUCCACUGCCUUUUCCUACAGAACCUGCUCGAGAUCCUGACGCAUACAUCUACACCAAAUUCUUCAUGAACCACUGCUGUUAUGAUGCCAUACCAACCAGCUCUAAACUGGUCAUCUUUGAUACAACACUGCAGGUAAAGAAGGCGUUCUUUGCAUUAGUCUCUAACGGAGUUAGAGCUGCACCUUUAUGGGACAACAAACAGCAGUGUUUUGUAGGGAUGCUCACCAUAACAGAUUUCAUUAACAUUCUUCACCGAUAUUACAAAUCACCCAUGGUUCAGAUCUAUGAGUUAGAGGAGCACAAGAUUGAAACUUGGCGAGAGGUCUACCUUCAGUACUCUGUCAACUCUCUGAUCAGCAUCACCCCUGAAUCCAGCCUCUUUGAUGCUAUAUACUCCUUACUGAAGAACAAGAUUCACAGGCUCCCUGUUAUCGAUCCAGAAUCAGGAAAUGUUCUGCACAUACUGACUCACAAACGCAUCCUGAAAUUUCUGCACAUCUUUGGUUCCAUGAUCCCAAAGCCUCGAUUCUUACAGAAUCGUAUUCAGGAUGUUAAAAUUGGAACUUUUAAGAGGAUCGCCACAGUGCAGGAGACUGCUACGGUUUAUGAGGCACUCUCUGUAUUUGUUGAACGCAGAGUAUCAGCCCUGCCUGUUGUGAAUGAACAAGGGAAGGUGGUGGCUCUUUACUCUCGUUUUGAUGUCAUUAACCUGGCUGCACAAAAAAGUUACAAUAAUCUGAACAUGACAAUGAGAGAAGCGAUUAAGAGGCGCUCAUGCUGCGUUGAGGGAGUGCUCAAGUGUUACCCAUAUGAAACUCUGGAGACUAUCAUUGAUCGCAUAGCUGGAGCGGAGGUUCAUCGUCUAGUUCUGGUGGAUGAACACGAUACAGUGAGGGGAAUCAUCUCACUAUCUGAUCUUCUGCAGGCGUUGGUCUUAACACCUGCAGUUAUGUUCAUUGCUGCAUCAUGUUUCAGGAGUACAAAAAUAUAGUUUGGCACUCAAGUCCAGCCCUGUUUAUACUUUUGCCACAGAAAGUCAAAUAGACUUGAG